GCGGGGAGACCUCGGUGCCACCCGCGGCCGUUUGGGGAGCUGGGCCUGCCCGCGAGGCCGGGACAGCCAGGUGGGACGCCCCCGAAACCUCUCACUCCUGGGGAGGCCGUGGUCCCGGCUGUAGGACCUGCCGACCAGGGGCCGGGGGACCGCGGGGCCGGCGUUGCGGCCCCGGUAGAGCCCUCUCCCGGUCCUUGGAGGUCUCGGAUGUGGGGUGAGCGCCCACCCCCCGGUGACGCGGCCCCCGCCUCCGGGCGAUCGCCGUCCGAGUCGCGGACUUUACCCAGGCUCCCGCCCCAGCCCGACACCCGCGCCUGCCGCAUCACUUAGCGGAACUCCGCUUCCUAAACGUCUCCCGACGCCUCCAUUCCUUCGCCGGCGUCCUCCGGGCGCCUGGGACACCAGGGGUUUCCCUCUGCAGGACGUGGAGAAGCAAGGCUGCAAGGCUCCCCAGGGCUCAGCUUGGACCACGAUGGGGCUGGGCUGCGGCCUCCUAAGGGGGCUCUCGUCUGGGGCGGCGGCUGGGGGCUGCCCUCCCCCCUGCCCGCGUCUCAGAGCACCCCCACCCCUCCCCUGGCAAGCGAGGCCCGCCCGGGGGCCCGGCGCCCGCCAUGAACGGCCUGUCGGUGAGCGAGCUGUGCUGCCUUUUCUGCUGCCCGCCCUGCCCCGGCCGCAUCGCCGCCAAGCUCGCCUUCCUGCCGCCGGAGCCCACCUACUCGCUGGUGCCCGAGCCCGAGCCGGGGCCUGGUGGGGCCGGGGCCGCCCCCUCAGGGCCCCUGCGGGGCUCGGCCAGCAGCCCGGGCCGCUGGAAGCUGCAGCUGACGGAGCGCGCUGAUUUCCAGUACAGCCAACGCGAGCUGGACACCAUCGAGGUCUUCCUGACCAAGAGCAGCCGCGGCAACCGCAUCGCCUGCAUGUAUGUGCGCUGCGUGCCCAGCGCCAGGUACACGGUUCUCUUCUCGCACGGCAAUGCGGUGGACCUGGGCCAGAUGAGCAGUUUCUACAUCGGCCUGGGCACGCGCAUCAGCUGCAACAUCUUCUCCUACGACUACUCGGGCUACGGCGUGAGUUCGGGGAAGCCCUCGGAGAAGAACCUCUACGCCGACAUCGACGCCGCCUGGCAGGCGCUGCGCACCAGGUACGGCAUCAGCCCCGACAGCAUCGUCCUGUAUGGGCAGAGCAUCGGCACGGUGCCCACCGUGGACCUGGCCUCUCGCUACGAGUGCGCCGCCGUGGUGCUGCACUCUCCGCUCACCUCAGGCAUGCGCGUUGCCUUCCCUGACACCAAGAAGACCUACUGCUUCGAUGCAUUCCCCAACAUCGAGAAGGUGUCCAAGAUCACGUCACCGGUGCUCAUUAUCCACGGCACGGAGGACGAAGUGAUCGACUUCUCCCAUGGGCUGGCACUCUAUGAGCGCUGCCCCAAGGCCGUGGAGCCACUGUGGGUGGAGGGCGCUGGGCACAACGACAUCGAGCUCUACAGCCAGUACUUGGAGCGCCUGCGCCGCUUCAUCUCCCAGGAGCUGCCCAGCCAGCGCGCCUAGCCAGGCCCUGAGCUGCGCCGGGACUUCAGCAAUAAGGCAGCGCCUGGACCUUGCCCCUGCCCCAGCCCGGGGGCUGCAUGUGAACCCCCCCCCCGGGCACCCCGACCUCCGAGGCAGCUGGAGGGUUAGGGGCCAGGACGUGCCCCAGCCUAGGGGCUGUGGACGAUGUACAGGCACGGAGCUACGCUCUCCUUUCCUUUUGGAAGCAAAAAGAAGGAAAAACAUGAAAACAAAUUAAAGAUUUAAAAUUUUA